AUGCAGCGAAGAGAAGAACGAUCGUCAUGGGGAAAAGCAGCACUGACACAGAGCCCAGCUCAGUUGUGGGACACCAAUGGCCUCUUUACGGAUUACCAAAACUGGAUUACGUACCGAAUCACUCUCGGUGAGCUGAACCUCUACCGAGAAGGAUGGCCCGCCCACCGGGCCUGCCCCGAAGCAACAUGCUCGACUCACCGCGAAACGAUUGAUCAUAUCAUCUGGGAGUGCGAAAAAGCCCAGCUUUCAUGGCGGCACUGGGUAUCCAAGUGGCUCGGCCGCGAGUGUUCCCAGAACGACAUCGCCAGUCUCCAGCCGGCCAUAGCCCAGCGACAACCACCAGCAGUGAUCCCCGAGCUACUCGCCCACGCCCAGCAGUGCACAGCGACAUGGACACCCCACCACAACAAAGCGAUGACAACGUUAUGGCGGAUAUGGACGACAGUGACCCCUGUGCUGCUGUGGCGCUUGCGUAACUACGCUGUCUUCAACAACGAACACUCAUCUCCACAAGAAACGCGAGCAGCCGUGUGGUCUGCUGGUAUUUACCAAGUCCAGGCGAUAACAGCAGCCUUGGAAGAAGAAGAGCGCGACCCGCGUUCAGGCAUGGUGCCUGGAGACAUGCCUCGGCAUCAUGACGACGAGUGA